AUGGAUUGGAUACACUGCAAUAAUUGUUUCAGUCAAUUGGAACCCGGCAUUACUCUUAAUUUGACAUCAUGUGGUCACAUGUUCUGCUGCAAUUGUUUGGAAAAUGAUAUAAAACAAAAUACUACUUGUUUAGUAUGUCGAGUGCCGUGUUCUGUAAUGAGACUUGUUCCUGAUAUGAAACCAGAGAUUCAGGACUAUUUUACGGAACCUGAAGAGAUAAUUAAAAAGUGUUGCGAAGUUUUGCAGUUCCAGAAGCAGCAUCGCCGUAGAUUACUCUCUUAUUUGUUUCAGUCGACAAAGAAAUUCUACACAGCGCGAUCUGAACUGAAACGUAUGACUGAACUGUGUCAAAAGCAACACAAGCAACUGAAGGAACAACAGAAAACUAUAAAACAUAUGGAAUCUCAAAUCGCUAAUCAAUCAAAACAAACAUCGCCGUUCAACAUCCCGAUCUCUCCAAACUCGAACCUGUCACCGAAUUUCAUACAAUCAACUCCAACAUUCAAACGGACUGCUAAGAGCACGCCAUACAAUCAACCAUAUCAGUCCAAUCUUGUUACCCCAUUACGGAUUACGAAGCAGCGCAGUGGCAACUUCAGUUCCCAAAGCCAGAGAUCCAAUACAUCGAACAAGAUCUCAUCGACAGUGUUCACGCCUCCAACGCCUGAGUCGGCAGGGUACAGCCACUUUUUAAAGAAUCUGUAA